GGUGCGUCCCCAGAUGGAUCAGCUCCGUUGCGCAGCUGCGCUCAGCUCGUCUCUGCGUGUCCUCCGUCCUCUCCUUCUCCUUCUAGCCUCAGACCACUCCCUCUCUCAGUUUAAACGGAAGUCUAGAGUAGUCUUCACUUUCCGCUGGGUUUGUUGCCAUCAGACGUUCUCUCCUGAUGAUUAUGCGCACUGCGGAGAAUGGCGGACGCCAACGCGCUUGAAGAGCUGCAGUCGGAGCUCACCUGUCCCGUGUGUCUCGAGCUGUUCCGUGAUCCGGUGAUCCUCGAGUGCGGACACCACUUCUGUCAGGUGUGCAUCAUCCAGUGCUGGGAGGCCAAGUCGGACGAGAUUUCGAACUGUCCGAAGUGCAGGAAGUCGUGCGCCCGCAAACUGAGACCCAACUCGCUGCUGUGUAACGUGGUGGACAGCGUGCGCAGAGCCCGCACCACGGACGCAGCCGCAGGGACACUGGGAUGGGAACAGGAGGUUGUUCCGGACGCGCUGGAGGAACGAGAGACCGGCUCCAGCACAAGCAGCGACGUGUCGUCCACCGGACACUGGGCACAUGUGGCGGUGGAUAUGUGUGAGGAGCAUGAGGAGAAGCUGAAGCUGUACUGUGAGGACGACCAGCUCCCCAUCUGUCUGGUGUGUGGGAUGUCCCGGGAACACAAGACCCACAAUGUCAUCCCCAUCAUAGAAGCCUUUGAGAACUACAGGGACAAGCUGACCACAGCCUUUGAGAGGGUACAGCUGCAUGCAGAGGAGGCCAUGCUCUUCCAGAAACAGACCAGUGAGAAGAUUCUCCUCAUGAAGGAGCGAGCAGAAGACCUGGAGCAGCUGGUUGUGGUAGAAUUCGCUCGUCUGAAGGAGUUCCUCACUGAGGAAGAGGAGCUCAUAAAGGAGAAGCUGCAGAAGGAGAAGGAGGAGAAGCUCAGCCAGCUGGAGGAGGCUCUGACUCGGGCCACAGAGCAAAUCAGCCAGCUGGAGACUACAGCUGAAAAACUUCACAUCAAACUGAGAGAGGAAGAGAAUCCACAGCAGCUCAAGGGAAUAAAAGACUUAAUUGGAGGGGCUCAGAGCUUGUUUCACUCCCUCCCCGAGGUCCAUGUGGAUCUGCACACAGGACCAUUCCUGGGACCUUUGCAGUACAGAACCGGGAGGAAAAUGAGCUCAAUUUUUCAACCAGCUGUCUCAGCUGUGACCCUUGACCCAGACACAGCCUACCCUUGCCUAUGGGUGUCUCCCUGUCGCACCAGCGUCCAGGUGGGAGGAAUCCAAGCACACCUGCCCAACAACCCUGAGCGCUUCACUCGCUAUAACAUUGUCCUGGGCUCUGAAGCCUUCUCCUCAGGCAGACACUACUGGGAAGUGGAAGUGGGCUGCAAAACCGCAUGGGGUCUGGGCGUCGCCAGAGCCUCCGUCAACAGAAAGGAGGAAAUCAGCCUCUGCCCAGAUGAUGGAUUCUGGACUCUGGUGCGGAGGGACAACGGUAAUGGCACCAGCGAGUAUGAAGCAUGCACCGAUUUAGACGAGAAUUUGAUAUAUCCACUGAAACCCCCUAAGAGGGUGGGGGUCUAUCUGGACUUUGGGCGUGGGGAGGUGGGUUUUUAUGAUGCUGCAGACAUGAGCCACCUGUACACUUUCUACAGAGCAGACUUUAAAGAGCCCGUUUUUCCUUAUUUCAAUCCCUGGCCAAUAAUCAACGGGCAGAACCGGGAGCCGCUCUCCAUCGUAACGCCAUUCUGGGGAUAGACUGGAGACCAGAGUCAUUGAAUCCAUCUGAUCUCUGCUUGAUAAUGACUUUCGGAUUUUUUUUAGCAUCAGUUCUAUAGAGAGACAAAGUCACAUCCAUCUAUUUCUGGACCACGGGUCUCCGGGCCGGAAAUAAGAAAAAAUGAAUGCAAGUCAAUGGGGCUAUAAAAGCUAUUUUCGAAUCCCGUUUUAUGUGUGCAGUGGAUUUCACGUAUGAUGUCCCUGAAUUUUAAAGACACAUGAUUUCACGCCCAGAAAGCGGUGGCAAAAGUUACUUCAGGUUUUGUGUGAAAAGACUUCAAAUGCAUCUCACUAUAUUGAUGUCAUCGAACCAGUCAUGGAGAAGAAAAUAACUGAGUUUAACAAUAUUCAAAUCUUUCUUCCAGGAUGACACAAGGAGCAUUAAACGUGGAGAAAACCAAAGAAAACAAUCUGGCAAUGUGAUAAGUGUUAUUCUGCUGUGAUGUCAUAUGUGCAUCAUCUGAUUUGUAGUCAUUUUAUUCACAAAGUUUUACAAGCUAACAAAUCUGAAGUGCAACAUGUUUGUUAUUCAGGGCAUAAGGCAAAGCAGAUUAUAAAAUAACUUUGACAGUCCUGGCCCGUUGAAUUGCUUUCAGUUUUCCGUCGUUCCCAUGAGCCGACCAGAAGGGGAGGAGACUUCCUCCAGUUUCACACUGGAAAUAUCAGCGGCAUGUAAUGGCAGCGCAGCAGUUUACUCGCAAAUUUCGAAGCGGUCCUUUUCGCACUGGGAGAGCCUUGGCCGCAGAACGGCUUCCUCGCUGUGCUCUUUGCUUGACUCGAAAGAUCACAAGCUCCCUCAAGACUUCAAAGGUCACGGUUUGUUUAUGCAAUCCGCCAUUGAACCAAAAAGAAGGAAAUCGCGUUUGAUGUCACUGUAUGAUGUCAUAUAUGCUGUUUCUCCUCUCCACUGCCAGGAUUAAAGCCAUGAAAAACACACCACUGCACUUCUGGAAUGAUACUGGGAGUAAAUAAGCUGUUGGGUAACAACUAAGCUACAUAUAUAUGAAAUAGCAUCACUGCUGAACUUUUAUUUUGAAAAUUAUUGAGGAUUUUACACUGAAACCAUGUGCGAUUUCCUGUCUAGCUCUAUGUUAAAUGUGGAAAUUAACGUGUCCCAGAAGCAGUUAAUGGCAAAAGUGGAACCCGAUCCUAUUUUUGGCGGCACAGCGAGCCACUUCAGGGACACGUCUGAAAAUUGCUGUGUUGCGGUUGGUAUGAAACCCUUCAUAAACUACAAUGGAUUUUAUUUGAAGCAGUGACGUUCUGCUGCCGUUCUGUGCUGCUGAUGCUUUCAGUGUGUAACCGGGGUUAGGCUCCCUAUUGAGUGGUCCAGGACAGGUUGGACGCUGUCCUGUCUUUUUGUUGUAAAAACAGAACAUACAAUGAACAUGGACCCUUCAGUUUUAGGUCCAUAGGACUUUGGAGCGGUACAACUAGGGCGGAGUGACUAGCGUCACACAAGUUAUUUGAUUGUGAAACCGAAAAAUGGCAUCAUAAAUAAACACCUAAGUGCUGUCA